CCCUGCCCCGGCGCGUUUGCACGUCCGGGACGUGGGAGGGUGCGCUCUCCUCCCGCUCGGCGAGGACGUCCCACCUUUAGAGAUGCCCUGUCCCUACCUUGAAGCUGCCAGAGGGAAAGCUUAGCUGAAGUCCAUGGCCCAAAAUGAGUCUGCCAGCGGAGACUCCCUUCCAUAAAGAGGGAGGCCAGAUCAGAGGCUGGGAUGAGCAUGCCACUGCACCAGACCUCUGCCAUUCCUUCUCAGGAUGCUACUUCUGCUAGAGUCUUCAGAAGCAAGACCAAAGAAAAAGAGAGGGAAGAACAGAAUGAGAAGACUUUGGGACACUCCAUGAGUCAUUUAAGCAACAUUUCUAAGGCUGGGAGUCCUCCGUCCACGACUGCUCCGGUGUCUGCCUUCUCUCGCACCUCCGUGACGCCAUCGAGCCAGGACAUCUGCAGUUCCAGUGCAGUGUUUUCUGAGUGUUGUCACCACAGUCCCGUGCAGUCUGCUGUUGUCUUGAAAGCUCCUCGAUGCCAGAGUUCUCUGACACAAGGGCUUACUGUGACAGUUAUCUGUAAAGACACAUUACAGGCACCUAAGAGAAAGUCCUUUGAUUCAGACCGGGACCAGGCCUGGAAGCCUGCUAAGAAUACUAAGGCCAGAAGACCACUCAAGUUCUCAAAGUCACUAAAUGAUGUGGGUGAGAAGGCCCAGGAUACUUUGGAAAGCUUUGACUAUAUGGAAAGAACUUGUUCUGAAGGGAAAUUGGUUCUCCCUCAAGAUCCAUGUCUCAGAAUGAACAGGCUCCAGCGUAAAGAGAAAAGAGCACCACAGCAUUGCCCACCUCCUGGCUAUCCCAAACAUUCUCAUGUCUUAUCUCUUUCUGCCAACCAUUCAGCUGCCUCAGAGGGGAGAGCUGGUAAGGGGGGCAUAUGCAUCCCACUUUUGGAAGAGAAAACAGAUGGUGAGGCCAGGUCCAGAAGCCACCGACUGCUGCGGUAUCUGUUCUCACUCUCUCACAACUCCAGCACCAGCAGCCUGCACAGAUUCCAUGAGCUGGAGAGCCAUGCAGGCCGCCUGCACACCACCAAGUCCUCCAGCUGGCUGGCAGGCAGCACGGGAUUCUGCUCUGACGAAAUGGGGGAUGAUGACGUCUUUGAGGAUACUUCAUCUGCCAUACUGAGAAGCAGGGUCCUGCGGGCGCCCCUCUGCUCUGUGGAGAAGGACAGUGACCUGGACUGUCCUUCUCCACUCUCUGAAAAAUGCCCUCCCAUCUCUCCUGUGUCCACCUCAGGGGAUGCCUGCAGGAUCUGCCACUGUGAAGGAGAUGAUGAGAGCCCUCUGAUCACGCCCUGCCACUGCACGGGAAGCCUCCACUUUGUGCACCAGGCCUGCCUGCAGCAGUGGAUCAAGAGCUCUGACACCCGCUGCUGUGAGCUAUGCAAGUACGAGUUCAUCAUGGAGACCAAGCUGAAACCUUUGAGAAAAUGGGAGAAACUACAGAUGACGGCCAGCGAGCGCAGGAAGAUCAUGUGCUCUGUGACGUUCCAUGUCAUUGCAAUCACUUGUGUGGUCUGGUCCUUGUAUGUGCUCAUCGACCGCACUGCAGAGGAGAUCAAGCAGGGACAGGUAACAGGAAUCCUAGAGUGGCCCUUUUGGACUAAAUUGGUAGUUGUGGCCAUUGGUUUCACUGGAGGACUUCUUUUUAUGUAUGUUCAGUGCAAAGUGUACCUACAACUGUGGAAAAGACUCAAGGCUUAUAACAGAGUCAUCUAUGUUCAGAACUGUCCGGAAACAUGCAAAAAGAAUAUCUUUGAAAAAUCUGCACUAACAGAGCCCAACUUUGAAAAUAAAGAAGGACGUGGAAUGUGCCAUUCCCACACAAAUUCUUCUUGCUUGGAGCCUGAAGACCCUGGAGCAGAAAUCAUUCAUGUCUAAGGGGUGAAAGGUGUCUUUCCCUGGACACUCAACAGCGAGCUGAAGGAGUUUGUUUACUGCCAAUUCUGUAUCUUCUUAGGUCCUUUAGUAGCAUAGACCAGGCAGGUGAUUAUUUAUGGUGGCCUGUCUCUAUCUGAACCCUCCUUGGUGAAAUUUCUGGAAAGCCCUCCUGUGGGCAGGAGCCAUUGUUAGGUCCCACUUCUGCGAGGCUGCUCUGUGGGUUGUGAAGUUGGAAGACCUUAUGCAGCAGUGGUGGGUAGCUGGCUGAGUGCUGGCCAAACCAGAGCACAGAACAGGUCAUGGGGUGAGGGGAUCCAUUAUGCGCAGCCAUCUCUGUCCUUGCCCUGGAACACAGUAUUGGAAAUGACUGGCCACAAAAAGGAUUCCUUUCUCACUAAAGAGAGCCAGAAAGACAGGAUGGUAGUAGCGCCUGCAAACCCUCGCCUCCGUGUCUGCUGAUGCCGCCACAUUGGCUCGGGAGUGGGUGAGGCCUUGGGGCCUGUGUCUGCUGGUGCGUGGUUCACUGAGCGAACAGCACUUUACAAAGAGAGUCUUUACCUUAGAGUACCUGUGUCUAGUGGCACCGGCACCUUAAAAAGGGUCACAUUUAGAAACCGUCCCUUAUUUUCACUGUUACCCUUUUUACGUCAAAAUAGAUCUGAAACCCUUCUUGCCUUAUAUAUUCUAAGUAAUGGGGCAUCCUCUGUGUCCAGAAAACAGACUCUCAGACAGACAGGUCUGAGGCUUUUUCCUAUAAUAGAGUUCAUGGGAAUUAAUGGAUGCUAAGUGGCAGUUACCAUAAUUCCUAUGAUUUGAGCCUGAUUCAUGAAAGUCCUAUCUCAUAAACCUGCCCAUACUUCUCUGUUGUUUUCAACAACAGAGCUGAAGGUUUUUGAGAUGUAAUGGAUCUGAGUAUAGCUGAGUACUUAGAAACUGAUUUUUUGACAGAACUGGGUAUACAGGGUGAGUGGACACAAACUGUUCUGGGCAUGUGCUAUGGACAUUCCUGUGGCCCACUGUGCUGGCUCCUACCUGGAGGUUUUGUGGGGUCACUGCUGAGGGAUAGGAGGUAGGCAGGCCGGCUCUGGGGUAAGACCUUGGUUUAAGUAGCAAGCUGCUAUGGACCGCUACAUUACUGCCCCAGCUCCCCCCACACACCCAUUGUCGCCUUAACCAGACCUAACAGAUAGGAUCACGUAAGGGUACUUGGCCCCAUGCAUGAUCCAUUCUGUCAUCAGGGAUCACAUCCUGUUCCAUUUUUCAUAAGACACAGAAAACCAAAAUCACCACCAUCAAAUGGCCUUUGUUCCUUUAAAAAGUCUGCUUAAAAUUUUCUUCUUGAAGGCCAAUGUCAAUGCCAGGCAAAUUGUCAACUCUGGGAGUUGCCUAGGAGGCCCGAAACAUGACAAGAGGGGUCUAGACUUGAGGUGACUGCCAUUCAACUCUAGUGUGUGCAGAGCCUGCUACAGGGAGCAUUGCAGUGCCUGGCAUCCUGUCCGUCUUUCUCAGCCUUAGGCACUUCACUCAUCCUGUUCAGAGUAUAAGGCAGACACAGGAGUUCUUUGUGGUUCCCAGUAGAAGCCCUGAGGUUGGUUUGUUGGGGCAGAUGCAGGCCACAGGGUCUGAGCCUGGAAAGGGCUGGAGGGGUGGGGGGAGGUUUUGUUUGCUGUUCCAUUGUCUGCCCCCUGGGCUCUUCUGAGGAGCUUCUGUGUCCUGGCCUUCUUCUAGCCAGCAGCUGCUAUCCAAACAGCUAACCCCUGAGGUCAGCCUCCCAGGCUGCAUUCUGUGUUCACUGCCCCAAAGUGCAAUUACCCAUGGAUCCUCGAAGCCUGGGCAAACAAGAUAGCUACGGAGUACCCAGUAGGGAGCUGAAUCUUGAGUCUACCCUGACUCUGCCCCUUAGCAACUGCCCAAACUGAAUCCCCAGGCCUGUUUACCUGUCCCUGCCAUCGUGCUCUAAACAUUGUGUGGAACGCACGUCAUGAUGAGAAUGGACGUCUAAGUGUGAACGCCUAACAUGGCACUUAAGGUUUCUUUACAGAGGAGAAUGUGCCUAGCCAAGGGCAGCCCCUGCAUAGCUAGCAUGGGGGGGGGGGUGCUGGCACUCCAGCAUGGCUCUCAUGUUGGCCUCGUGCAGACCGCCUGCUGAGGAAGGCCGAUUCCCGUCUCCCUCAUCUGGCCACUCUCUUCCCCCUGCCAUGGUGCUUGCCACCCCUUGCUCUUCUCUCCUGCAGGUUCUAGUUCCGCAUCUCUGAUCCAGCGAAUGACUGCGCCUACUGGUGACUUUACAACGUCUACACCGUGCUGCCUGCUAGCAGAGGCUCUGGCUCUGCCCAGUAUCCCCUAGUCUGGGAGGUCUGUCUCUCCCAUUCCUCCUCAAUUUGCAUCUGGCUUUAAUAGGAGGAUGGCAUAUGGCUAAACCAAAUCGACCCGGGAUGCAGCUCAGGGCCAGGUGAAUGGGAAGAGGAAGGCAGCCCGGGUGUGCCGCUGCCAGCCCUCUCUACACCCAUGUGUACUAGUCCCCCUGGCACACUUCUCACUUUUCCUGCCUAAAGUCGUUUGGGAUUUGUGUCCACGUUUACUGCAAAAAUUUCCCAGAAACCUUGUUAAAGUUCUCUUCUUAUCCUGGGCCCCUGUGUCUCCUUUUUUGCUUCAGUCCAGUCUUAAUCAUGUAGGCCUAGCUUCCACUCCUGUGGGUAACUCCACCUGGCCACAGAAGUGCAGGCCUCAGGUUAGCGGAGGGGAUCAGAAUUGCUCAGGACAUUAGGCAAGGCCUGGAGGACAGGAGGCCUUGGGGUGAGGGCAGGCAGGGUGCAGAGCCACGCUGCUCCGGAUGCGGCUGGAUGCACAGGAAAGCUGGUCCUUACAUCUGUAGCCCCAUGGGGAGAUGGAAACAUUGGGAAAUAAAACAUUUAUUGUUGUCUUGGGAGUAAUUGUUGAAGUUGUACAACUGAUUGGUGCACAUUUAGAUGCAAUGUUUAUAGAAAGUUGAUUGUUAAUAAAAACCAAAUUUACACUGGCAUGUGUGGUGUAGUUUCUAAAAGACACUUCACAUUUUACAUUUUUUCUUAACUUAGAAAAUUUCUAGUUAUCUAAAUGUCUAGUUUUGUACACUUUUGUGUAUGUUCACUGUUUCUCAGUAUUACCACUUGAAUAAUUCUCUGUACAGCGGUUUUGUUUGUGCUAUACCUGGGGUGUCUAAUUGCAGCAAUAAAACCUUUCUUUAUAAAGGA